UUGAAGGCGGCGCGGUGAGAGCGGGCGGUAGCUGGUCAGAGCGGCGGAGAAGCUCCGAGCCGCAGAGCUAGCGGGUAGUUAGCUAGUUAGCCCGUCAGCUAGUUAGCUGGUUAACUAGUUAGCUGGUACAAACACGCACUGCCAUGGCGGCCGAGACUGACAAGGUGGAGCCGGCGGACAGCGAGCAGGACGAGGAGGAAGACGUGUACGAGGUGGAGAGGAUCAUCGACAUGCGGGUGGAGGAGGGCGAAGUGCUCUACAGAGUCCGCUGGAAGAAUUACUGCUCGGACGAUGACACGUGGGAGCCUGAGGCCCAUUUGGAGGACUGUUGUGAGGUCCUCUUGGCUUUUAAGAAGUCCAUGGCUGAGAUCAAGGCCAAGAAAGAUGCAGAGGCCAAGAAGAGCGUGAAAUCACCUCCUACAAAGAGCGACACGGUCGAUGCCGACUCAGAGAGCGAAGGAGACAAAGAACGUCCGACUGAGGCGCCCGUCAAGAAGAAGAAAAAGAAAAAGACCCAGGAAGGAGAAGAGGAGCCGCCUCCAACGGAGAAAAAGAAGAAGAAGAAAGACAAACAGAAGGAGGAGUUCAGGCCUCUACCGGCACCAGAGACAGACGGAGAAGAAGAAGAAGAAGAAGAGGAGGAGGAGGAAGAGGAGGAGGAGGAGGAGAGAGCCCCGACUCCACCCUCGCCUCCCAAGGAGAAGACGAGCGAUCCGAAAAAGCGUCAGGUCGACUCUGAAGAGGAGGAAGAUGAGCCGGUUCCCUCCAAGAAACACAAGAAGGAGAAGGGGAAAGAGGGAGGAAAGCAUAAGAAAGAAAAGGGAGAGGAGGGGAAGAAAAGGAAAGGGAAGAAGGAAAGGAAGAUGGAAACCUCUGAAGACGAGGCCGCCGCUGCUCCUCUGGAUGAGACCAUGAGCGACGCUCCGUCAGAGUCCCAGAUGGACGACACGCCGUCAGAAGCCGCAGCAAAGUCGGCCGAAAAAUCCCGUUUAGAUGACAAGUCCAAACAGAAGAAGGGGAAGUGGGAAGUGAAGCUGCAGGGCAUUAAGGACCUGAUCCAGGACAAAAAGGGCAAAAAGCCAGACGCCGCUCUGAAAGAGAGCAGCCUCCAGAAACUGAAGAGCCUCACCUCUAAGGUCAAGGAGGACGCCGCCCCGCACUCGGACUCCAGCGAUAGCUCCACGAUGCACAAGAAAGCCAAGAGCAAAGCACAGGAGGGCCCGCCGGCGCCGCCCAAAGUCCCGUCUUCCUCCACCUCCUCAACGUCCUCCACGUCCUCUGUCGCGGCGGCCACCAAGCAGAAGGAGGAGGAGGUGGCUAAAGAGGAGGCGCUGGUUCAGAGGGACGCGUCGGGCUCCACCAACCUGUUUGAGAAGUUCCUGUUGAACUGUGAGGCCAAAGACCGAGCCCCCCGACGGCAGCCGGCACAUCAGACCGUCCCGGAGAAGAUCAGCAGCAAACCCACAAAGCUUGUAGGAAAGAUUGACAAGCUCUCCAAGACAACCAAAGAGUCCCCGGCUCAAAAACCAGAGACGGAGAAGACGGAGAAGACCAAGCAAUCAGAUGCCUCCAGAGCCGGCCAGAGUUACGGCUUCAGCCUGGACACGGAGGAGAGGGAGGCGGAGGAGUCUGCAGCGAAGCCUAAACCUGGGGAGGAUCCACGGGAGAGGAAGGAGAGGUCGGAGGAGGCGCAGCGGACCGGCUGGGAGAGGAAGAGCUCCACAGAGGAGAGGAGGAAGAGGAGGGAGGACAGUGAGCCCAGACUCUUUAUGGCGUGUGAUGACAAUCCGGACACCCAGGAGCCACCAGGGGGCGCUGACAAAUCUGACAAAGGCCAAGCCACCUUGAGUCUGGGGAUGGACCUCAACCUGGACUGGAUGACUCUGGACGACUUCCAGAAACAUCUGAACGGGGAGGACGAGAUCCUGUCGGGUCCGCCGCUAUCGCCCAGUGAGUUGCGGGAUGCUGUGAAAAGUGGAGAUUAUAUGGCUGUAAAAUUGGCGCUUAAUUCCAAAGAGGACUACAAUCUGGACCAAGAGGAUGUCAGCGGUAUGUCCCUCAGCAUGCUGGCAGCGGCGGGGGGGCAGGACGACAUCCUCAGGUUGCUGAUAAAGAAGGGGGUGAGGGUGAACGGGCGACAGAAGAACGGAACCACGGCGCUGAUGCACGCCGCCGAAAAGAACUUCUUGACGACUGUUGCCAUCCUGCUGGAGGCCGGCUCCUACGUCAACGCUCAGACGCUCAGUGGGGAGACGGCGCUGAUGAGGGCGUGCAAAAGAGGGAACGCCGACGUGGUGCGCCUCCUGCUGGAGUACGGAGCCGACUGCAACGUCGUGUCCAAGAACAAGACGGCGGCCAUGUACUUCGCCAAGCUCGGAAACAACCUGAUGGUGUGCGACCUCAUCAAGGACCACACCAGCAUUCUGUCCAGUGUGGCGGAGGACACCAUCCGAGCCUACUUUGAGUCCCGCCUGAUUCUGCUGGAGCCCGUCUUCCCUCUCGCCUGCCACCGACUCUGUGAAGGGCCGGACUUCUCCCUGGAGUUCGGCUUCAAGUCACAGCCUCAGCCGGAGGGCUCGGGUAUCCUCCUCUUCAUCUUCCACGCCAACUUCCUGAACGAGAUCACAGCCCGGCUCUGUGGACCGUGCAGCGUUCACGCCGUGGUGCUCAACGACAAGUUCCAGCUGCCCAUCUUCCUGGACAGUCACUUCAUCUACUCCUUCAGUCCGGUUCCAGGCAUCAACAGACUCUUCAUUCGACUAGCGGAGACGCCCGCAGCCAAGGUCAAGCUCCUCAUCUGUGCGUACAGAGUCCAGCUGCAGUGAUCAGUGAAAACACACUAAUAAACACACACACACACUCUGCCAAGCAGCUCAUUGACCUCUCAGAGAGGAAGAGUCUUCUGGAUCCUCGUCACCGUCAGAUUCUGGACUUGAUGGAUCCGGUCCGGCUCCACGUGGGCCUGCAGACUGUUUGCAGAAUGAAUCUCGAGGACUUGGAUCUGAACUUUCCUGUCCGAUCGUUGGUGAAACCGUCGAUAUCACAAAACUCCCUCCUCUCUCUCUUUUGGAGCAUCUUCCAAAAUAUAAUAAACCCUCUUGGGUCGUGCCUUUCUCCUCCUCCUGUCACCGUGGAUACGAUAGACGCUUGUGUUUGUAAAUCUAGAUUGUGUGUGUAGAUUAACAAAGGGUUUUCUGGUGCAUAAAGAGGGGAUUUUUGUCUAUUUUUAGCUCCUUUUUUUUUUCUUGGACCAAGUUUUUUUUGGUAACACAUUUACUUUAUGAUGGACUUAUUUUUGUGUGUUUACUUGUGUAUCAGUGGUGGGAAAAGUGGGUCAAAUCUUGUGGAAAUUUAGUUUUUUUUGUGGAAAUUUACACCCAAAACUAGGUCUAAAUUUUGAGUCAUAAUUACUCGCCAGUCUAAAUAUUAUUGCAUCUUUUUCCGUCUCAAAAUCAGAGACCAGUUUGUGGCUUCUAACUUCAGAAAUGAAGUAAAAGUUCAAUCAUCCCGUCGUUUUUACACAAGUUAACAUGUUGAGUGUUUUUUUAAUGAAUGAAUAGAAGUUGUCUUUUUUUGCCUCCCCCUGCACAGAGUGGCUGUUUAUAUAUUUUUUUCUGGUCUGUAAAUAUUCAUAUACUAUAUAUAAAUAUAUACAUAUAUACAGUUGUAACGCGUCAUCUGAUGAUGUGUUUGUUGCUCUUUUUUUGUGUCCCUGAUGGAGUGGGUUAAGUUAUUUAGUGUGCACAGUCAGAAUGUUUUAAGGGCUAAACGGAGACCGAACGCCCGGCUAGCUCACCUUUGGAUGUUUUUUAAGUCGCCUGCAGAGUUCAGAUAUUUUUACUCCUCUUCACUCUCCUCUGACAAUCUUUCUUCGUCAGGGUUCGAACACAAAUGAUGUGAAUACGCGCCUUGAUUUUUAAGCUUUGUGAUAUUUGUCUAUGAACUCCGCUCAGGAGAGCAAAAUGUCUUUAAGUGAGUUGAAUGCUGUUUGUCAUAAACUCUAUAAACUGAUGAGGCCUCUCCACGCUGCCUUAUUUUACUUUUUCCUGUCGAAAUUUAAAAAGUUGAAGUCGAAAUAAACCCAGUUGUACAAUAAUAAUAAUGCAUUUAAUCUGUAGAUUGCAACAGUUUGCUCUCCUGUUUUUUCUCAACAUGCAAAAAUGACUUCUGAGGUGCAUGAAAAAUGUUUUUUUAUUCAGAAUAUCUUCUGAUUAAUUCAGCGCCUCAUUCAUCUGACUUCUCACAGGAAGAAAACGUCUCACAGCAUCCUGUUUUUAUGUCGCUCUCUUGAUAUUUCACUAAAGAGCUGCUGCCUCUUGCUGACGUGAUGUCACAGCUCAGAGUAAUCGUCCUGUUUUCCUCUUUCUUUUUUAGGUACAUCUUUACAAACGCUGCCAAAUCAACAGAGUUUUUAUUUUCAUCUUUUCCUUAGAGGAAAAGAGCACAGACCUCCGCCAAGGAUGUUCGUCAGUGAAUUUAACGCCUGUUUCCGUGAUUCGUAUCCACUACAAAAUGUAAUGCAACAUUGAUUGGUCCAAAUUUAUUACCAAAUUGGAUGAAAAUCAACAACUCGCAACUUUACAUUUAAGUUUAAAGUUAUAUUAUAAUUACGAUAGUUUAGACUUUACAAAUCAAUGUGUAGUCUGAGCAAAAAUCUAUUAUUAUUUCACAAUAAUAGAACUUUAAGCUCCGUUACUGAACUCUUGUUUGUUGUGAUACACAUGCAGCAAGUUUCAAAAGCGUCACAAUGAAUGGAAGUCAGCGGCUAAACUUUCAAGCAUGCUUUUUUUUAAGAAUAGUAAUGAUUAAUAAGUAGGAUUCGUAGUUCACAGAAAAAACACCAGAUGCUCUUGAUAGUUUUAACCCCUUGUGGUUUUUCUACUUCCUGAAGGUGCUCCACUUCUUCGGCCUCGUCUCUCUAGAUCUCACACUUUUUAUUUUGUACAGAUUAUUGUCUCUGAAUCUUCCUGCAGCAGAUAAACGUGAACCUUCAUGUGUGAGAACCAGUGAUCUCAGUGUUUGUAUGAACGGCUGCAGACAGUCUGUGUCUCU